AUGGAACCUAAAAAAAAUACAAAGGGUAAAAAACCACCCACAGGACAGAAACAACACCAAAAUAGGAAAGCAAAUAGAGAUAAUCAAAAAAAGAAACAACAACAACAACAACAACAACAAAAUACAGCAUCUGGAAAUAAACCACCAAAAUCACCAACCUCUACAUCACCAUCACCAACCUCAAGUGCAUCACCAUCACCAACACCAAGUGCAUCACCAUCACCAACCUCAAGUGCAUCAUCAUCAUCUACAACAUCACCAAUUUCAAAUAACACUAAACCUCAAACACCAAUUAUAUCACCAACUAUAAUUUCAUCAUCAUCAUCAUCAUCACCACCAAAAUCAAAUGUACCACCAUCAGUUGAUAUAAGCAAUCAACCACCACCAUCAUCUUCAAAUACUACUACUACUACAAAUAACAAUAUCAAUAUUGAAGAAAAUACAGAAUUAUCAAAUAUUGAAAAAGAAAAUUUAAAUAAAACUAUAUUAGAUAUAAAGAAAAAAGAUCAUGCACAUAAAAAAGAGAAACAAAAGAAAUUAGAAGAAAGGAAAAAACUAUUGAAUGAAUCAAUUCAAAAGAAACAUGAACAACAAAAACAAUUGAAAAAAGAGGAAGAAGAAAGAAAGAAACAAAUGGAAAAAGAAAGAAUUGAAUCAGAGAAAGAGAUUAAUGAUAAAUUGAAUGAAUUGGCAAAAACCAAUCCAUCAUUUGCAGCAUCAAAUACAUUAGGUCGUAAAAUGGGUUUACAUUCAUUAUCAACUUCAAAUUUAAAUAAAUUUCAUAACAAUUCAACAGGUACAAUUAGUAGUAGUAGUGGUGCAAAAUUUUUUAACAAUAAUAAUAAUAGUAGUAGUAGUAGUGGUAAUAGUAGUCAUUCCAAUAUAGUAAGUUCAAAUAAUAGUAAUCAUAUAGGUACAGUUAGUAGAAAAGGGUUUUCCUCAGUUUCUGAUGAAAAAUUAACUGAAGCUUUAAAAAAAAAACAUCAACAACAACAUCAACAACAACAGCAAAAUGGUAGUAUUGGUAGUAGUAGUAGUGGUAGUUUAAGUAAUAGUGGUAGUGGUUUCGAAACUUCUUUAAGAAAAUAUUCAUCACAUAAUUCAAUUGGUAUAAAAAGUGGUGCUUUAUUUAGGACAAUUUCAAUUCCAAGAUUAUCAAAACAACAAAUUUCAGUCGUUGACCUUUUUAAUAGUAAUAAUGGAAAUAACAGUAAUAACAGUAAUAAUAAUAAUAAUAUAAGUCCAAAUACAAGUACAAGCAAUUUAUCAACAUCUUUACAAAAUACAUCAAGUGGUGCUUCAUUGACAUCCAUUUUUAAUCCGCCAUCAUCUUCACUACCACCGCAACCACAACCACCAUCAUCAUCAUUACCAUCUACAAAUAAUUUAUUACAACAACAACAACAAUUAUCAUCAACAUCAUUAAAUCAAUCACAAACAUCACAACAAUCAUCAACAACAGCACAAUCACCACCAUCGUUUGGAUUUGGUAGUUUUAGUAAGCGUGGUAGUAUGAAUUUAGGUCAAAGUAACUCAACAAUGUCGUCAAGUCAUAUGAAUGAAAAGGGUGAAUUUACAUUCAAGAAUUUCAUUCCAAAUUCACAAAGAAAGAAUCAUUUAUUAACUGAUAAAAAUUCACAAAGACUUUCAAAAGAUGAUUUCUUUUCAUCACAAAAUACUCAUCGUAGAUGGGAGGAAUAUGUUAAAAAUAUAUUACCAACUGAACAAGAAUUAAUUAAAGAAAAAAAAGAAUUAGAAAGACAAAGAGAAUUAAAAGAACAAGAAUUAGUUAAACAACAAUUAUUAUUAUUACAACAAAAAGAUCAAGAAAAAACUGAUGAUGAAAUUGAAGAAGAAUUAACAUCCGAUGAUGAUGAUGAUGAUGAUGAUGAUGAUGAAACUGAAGAAAUUGAGGAAGAAGAAAUUGAAGUUGAAGUUGAAAAUGAAAAAAAAUUAGAAUCACCAAUUGUUCAAUCAGUUAAAAAUGGUGUACCAACAAUAUUAGGUUCACCAAAGAAACAACAUUUAUUAGAUUCACCAAAAAAAGAUUCACCAAGAAAAUCUCAACAUUUAGAUUCACCAAGGAAAUUACAACUUCAACAACAACAGCAAGAACAACAAGAAUUAUCAGAAAAAGAUAUUGAAAUGUUAUCACCAUUAAAAAAGAUUGAAAAACAAGAAAAGAAUGAUGGUGAUAGAUUUAUUAAAGCAUUAUUAAAUAAAACUCCAAUUGCAACUAAAACUGCCUAUUCUAUGAAUGUUAAUGGUCAAACAUCAGAUACAUUACAUUCAUCUAAUAAAUCAGAGAAACCAGUUGAAAUGGUAAACAUUUUUAAAUAUGGUUCAAUCGAUAUAGAUUUCACAGAGAUAUUUGGAGAGGUUGAAGAUCUUCAAGGUUUCAUUAUGUGGAAGGUGAAUGGAUUCUCUGUUGAGGAGAGAGAUUUUGAGGAUUAUUGUACACUAUAUUCUAAAGAUGCUUAUUUAGUAUUCAACGUCACUGAUGAUCCAAAGGAUUCAGUUAACUCAAUGUAUAACAUUCAUCUAUGGUAUGGCAAAGACAGUGGUAUUGAUAAGCGUUGCACUGCAGUCAUGAUGGCAAUUCAAUUGUUGACUCAUUUAGGUGGGAAAUGUAAUCAAUUCGUAGAGGAGCAAUCAAACGAGUCUUCAAUGUUUUUAAAUUAUUUCAUCAAUCAUCAAGAGUCGAUGUUUGGGGUGAAACAUAAGAAUGGGGGAUCAGAGUGUGACUUCUUUUCAAGUAAAUCCUAUCUACAACAAUAUCAACGUAAAUCAAGACUCUAUAAAAUAGAUAUACCACCAGUGGAGUUGGAGUCAUGUGCAUCCAUAUCAAUUCGUCGUAUGGGUUUGUCAAGAAAGGUGAUCCAAGAUUCGUCCAAUGAAAUCAGUUGGUUGCUAGUUAAUCCACAAAAUAUCUAUAUGAAAUUUGGUUCGAAAUCAUCUUUUGAAAAUAAGAUUCUAACAAGAGAAAUCUCAAAACAAUUUGAAAAUCAUUAUUCAAACACUGUUAAAAUCUCACAAAUUAAUGAUGAGAAAGAAUUUUGUAAAUUAGUUAAACAAUUUAAAACCAAGGAGGAUAGGGAUAAGGAUUUCAAAUAUUCAGAGGAUGAUGAAACUAUUGUAAAUUUAUAUAGAACCAUUUUAAAAGCAAAUGGUAAAUUAGGAUUGGAGCAAAUCGCUGAAGAAUAUCCACUUCAUUAUAGUUUACUUGGUGAUUGUCUUGAUCAAGUUUACAUUUUAGAUUGCACAACCGAUAUAUUUAUAUGGUGUCCAAAAGGUGUUGGAAAGAAAAAAGUUUUAGCCGCUAAAGAAUGUGCAAAAGUUUUCUUUAAAGAAUAUGAAAGACCUGAAUGGGCCGAGAUUAUAGUACUCCAACAGCAUAAUGAAUCACCACUUUUUAAGAGACAAUUUAAAGAUUGGCCAAUCGAUAGAUUAACAUUGGCAAAUUGUGUUGAUCAAUUUAAAUUGGCAGAGAUUAGAUCAAAUAUCUCCUCGGACAAGUUGUAUUAUGAUUUUCAUUAUAUCAAUUUCACAUGUCGUGAUGAAGUUAUUCUACCAUUGUAUGAGAAUUUACCAACUGAUAAAGUCGAUGUUUAUGGUGUAACCUUGCCAGAUCUUCAAUUCUUUAGAUUGGAACCAGAGGAUAAAUGUCAUUUUUAUGAAGAUGAUUGUUUUAUGAUUAUGGUUUCCUCGAGAAAAGAAGCCUCGCCCUAUGCUGUCAAUCAAAAUGAUAUCACUCAAACAGUGAUCUAUUGGUGGGAGGGUGUAACAGCGGAUAAUCGUGGCUAUGCUAUGUUUUAUCAUGGUCUCUAUCCAAUUAUCGCCAAUAAAUUCGAAGAUAAAGGUCAAGCUAAACCAUCGGUUUAUUUAGCCACACAACGUAAGGAACCAACUCAUUUCUUGAAAGCAUUCGAUGAGACAUUGAUCAUUCAUAAGGGUUCAAGAUUUGAUGAACCUGAAAUCUCUCACAAAGUUUAUCAAUUCAUAAAUGAAGGUCCAAAUACUUACAUACAACAAUUGGAUCAAAAUAGUGUAGUUUUAAAUUCUUACAAUGUCUAUUUCAUUCGUUCUGCCAUUGAAGGUACUAUCACAAUUUGGAAAGGUGCAAACACAUUCACACCAAUGGAAGAAUUGGAAACUUUUGCUCAACGUUUAGAUGAACAAUUUAAAUUGGUAUUCUAUGAACAAGGCUCUGAACCAAACCAUUUUUGGGAUAUGUUACCUGGUGUUAAAAAUUCAAUUCCAAUGGAUUUAGAUCUUUCAAAUGAUAGUUUAUUCAAAUUUUAUCUCUCUCCUGAAUCUCAAGUUAAAAUGACUAGAAUUAAUCGUAAAUACUCUUCUGAUCUUAAAUCAACUGAAUGUUGUUUAUUAGAUUCACCAGAUGUUCUCUAUGUUUGGGUUGGUUCAAAUUGUUCAGCUUCCUUGGAGAAUAUUGUACUUAUCUUUGUUAAUGACUAUUGUAACUAUUAUAGUAUCCCAAUUGAUUCCAUUCAAAAGGUAGUUCAAUACAAUGAAUCAAUUGAAUUCAAAUUAAGAUUUAAAGCUUGGGAUAGAAAAGAGGAAUGGGUUGAUCCUCAUGAAACUCGUCAAUGCCAAGUUGCCCUACAAAGAACUUUACUCUUCCGUAAACAAUAUGAAGAGGAACAACAACUAUUCAAAGAAUAUAUGGACUAUGCAUAUUCACUAGGUGAUGAAGAUGAAUUGGAAGACUUUGAAACUUGGACUCUCAUUAAAAAAGGUUAUCUAGAUUAUCAUGGUGAAUUAAAUCUAAGUUAUAGUGAUCAAUUAAAUGGUACUCUAAGUAGAAGUUUAAGUAAUAGUAGUAAUGGUAGUAGUAAUAGUAGUACUUCUCCAAAUUUAAAUGCUCAUAUCUCUUCUUCACCAUCUUUAUCAAAUGGUAAUCUUUAUAAUUAUACAAAUGGUAAUGGUGGUAGUACAAAACCACCACUAUCAAAAGAUAGUCCUUCUUCACCACCAACUUUAUCUCAACAACAACAUACUAAAAAUAAUGGUUUACCACCUUUACCAAAAUCUUCAAAAAAGAAAAAAUUCUUUGGUUUAUUUAAAAAAUAA